AGACAAAUAAAAUAGAAAUUUUAAUGAAGCUCGUAAAGAAGAAACGCUAUUCGGCCCAUAUAAAAAUAUAGGCCCAAAAACAAGGGGAAAACCCAAAAUAAGAAUAGUAGUAACAUAUUUCAGCUUCGUUUCGUUUUUCCGGCCACCGAGAAAUCGAGAAAUUAUGGCGAUUCGAUCGCUGAGAAGAGCGGUGUUGAGAGCUCUGAGCCCUCUUCAAUCGUCGUCUUCUUUAAUCCCAGCAACGCAAAACUCAUCGCUGUUUUCUCUCUCUAACUACUCAGCUGAACCCUCAACUUCUGCCAGUUAUUCGUGCCCGAAUUUCUCGUGCAAUAGCAUCCCCUGCCGCCGUCUCUCCUCUCUCACUGAGGAGGAAUCUCACGGCCCCGCCGCGGUCAACUAUUGCUCUUUGUUGACGGAAGAAGAGUAUCACAAGCUGGCUAAUUCCACCAUCCAUGAUCUGCUUGAGAAGCUCGAGGAAUAUGGUGACUCCGUGGACAUUGAUGGAUUUGACGUUGAUUAUGGGAAUGAGGUCCUGACUUUGAAGCUUGGGGAUUUCGGGACUUAUGUCAUAAACAAGCAAACACCAAAUAGACAGAUUUGGAUGUCAUCUCCAGUGAGUGGUCCGUCUCGUUUUGAUUGGGAUCAGAAAGCUGAAGCUUGGAUUUAUAAGCGAACAAAGCAAAACCUUUUUAAAGUACUGGAAACUGAGCUAGAAAAGCUGUGCAACAAACCUAUCAGCCUUUCUUGAGCUUCCUAAAACAAUACAUUCUCUACAUGAAACUUUUUCUUCCAUGAACCCGUUAUGCUACUCCCGACUACUCCCAUCAACUCCCUAUCUCCCUUCUUCUCGUCUCUUCCUCCACACCCCAUUUCCCAUUACAUAUGGCAGCCCCUCACCCUCAUAGCAGUCGCAAUCUAGUAUGUAGUAUGGCAAGUUAUGUAUAUUGGCUAACUCAAAGGCCUGCUACACCAGCACGAACAUGGUACGUGUUUUUUACUACAAGGUCCUACUGUGGUGAUAAUAUGAUGUGUUAGAAAUGUUCAGCUCUAUUCUAUAUAAUCGAGCAUUCAUGGAGUUUUGGCAAACGAUUCAACUGCCCAGCCCGGCCCGGCCUGGCCCGUUAGUGUGUGGCAUGUAUGAAGCCCACAAAAGAUCUUUGCAACAUACUCUGAUUCAGCCAUUUCGUAUCACUAUGAAAUAAAAAUCAUGUCAUUGCUUCGUACUGUCACAAAUUUGAUCUCUUGAUUUAGUAAAAAUCGCUGCUGUUGCAAUUAACUUUCAA